AGUUGGUCCGGCUACCCUUAAACUUGAGCUCAUUUUGCCCAAUGAGGAACGGGCUUCGCGGGGGCUGUCGGGAAAGGCGGUAGGCCUAUAUAAGCGGCAUGCACUGCGGACCGUCGCGCGGGGGUUGUCGUGAAGGCUCCCAGGGUAGGUGUAGGCUGCGUGGAGGCUUGCGCUUGUUCAGGCGGCACUUCGAGGACGAUGGCGGAGGGAGAUAAUCGCAGCACCAACCUGCUGGCUGCAGAGACUGCCAGCCUGGAGGAGCAGCUGCAAGGAUGGGGAGAAGUGAUGCUGAUGGCUGAUAAAGUCCUCCGCUGGGAAAGAGCCUGGUUUCCACCUGCCAUCAUGGGUGCAGUUUCCUUGCUGUUUCUAACUAUCUAUUAUCUGGAUCCAUCUGUUCUGUCCGGUGUUUCCUGUUUUGUUAUGUUUUUGUGCUUGGCUGACUACCUUGUUCCCAUUCUGGCGCCUAGAAUUUUUGGCUCCAAUAAAUGGACUACUGAGCAACAGCAAAGAUUCCAUGAAAUUUGCAGCAAUCUAAUAAAAACUCGACGCAGAGCUGUGGGCUGGUGGAAACGCCUCUUUACACUAAAGGAAGAAAAGCCAAAAAUGUACUUCAUGACCAUGAUCAUUUGUCUUGCUGCGGUUGCUUGGGUGGGACAGCAAGUCCACAACCUUUUUCUCACCUACCUGAUAGUGACUUUCUUACUGUUGCUUCCUGGACUCAACCAACAUGGAAUCAUUUCAAAGUACAUCGGAAUGGCCAAAAGGGAGAUAAACAAGCUUCUCAAACAAAAAGAAAAGAAAAACGAAUAAUGCAUCCUGUUCAAUGUGAUUAAUGGAAUAUACAUUGUCUCUGGUAACAGUUUCUACUAUGCCGUCUGUAUACUAAAAUGUUACAGAUGUAGCUCUCUGCUGUCCCUUAUUCUAACCUUAGUUAGUAGAAAUUCAGACUUGCCAGAUAGGGCUUUAUGUGUAGCGUCUUCAUGUCAAGUAUAGCGGGUGCAUUCUCAUCACUUGACCUUACGUGGACAACUCCUUAGUAAGUACUGACUUGUUUUGAUUUUUCUUAUCCAGGGUUAAUUGAAUUCUUACUUUUAGACAACUUCCUUUAAAAUAAUAUAGUGGUGAACUCUUUAUCCUUUAGUCCAGUUAAUGGUGACUUUUGAUAAUUGUUUGAAUUAAUCGAUGCAGGGUAGUGGUCUGUGGCUACAGGAAGCUGGUUCUACUGUCUGCCUCCACAGUCUGCUUACAAAAACUGUCUGGCUUCAUGAAUACAGAGACCAAUUUUACCACUUUUGAUGAAGAGACCAAUUAAGAGUCAUUCCUCAUUCUGUUCCUUACUGUGGGGAAAGAAUCCCCAUAGAAUAAAAUGGAACUAAUUCCAUGCCCUAGUAUGUGUUGGUUUCUCCCUGGUGCAAAACUGAGCAAUUUUUAGGAAACAGUGAUCUUUUCUCCCGAACAGAAACUCUGCUUAGAGUUCUUGUCCCCUUGCGCUUAAGAGUUCAAUUUAGUAAAUCUUUAGGCUUUUUAAUAGCAGACUUCCAAAAGAUUGUAUCUUACACUUUAACAUAGUUUUAAUUUCAGAUUUUCAGACUAUUGAAACUAAAGUACAUAGCAGGUUCAGACACAUGUCUAUGACCUUCACUCCAAAGCAGCCAAUAAAGGACAGAAGUCUUCCUAUGUUAGUCAAGAUUCAUUUCAGUAGAAACUAAUCGUAUCCUCCUAAUUUAUCAAGACCAGAAUAAACCUUUAAGGGUAAAUCUUAAAGUACUCAUUGUAUGGUCCCUGUGGGUUUGAAUAGGAGGUAGAGACAGAAACUUCUGACUUUUUUCCUGGAUAUUUCUCUGCAGACUGCAAGGGCUGUUGUUGGAGAAGAAUUGCAGUGAUGGUAGUUUGGCCUUUGAUCUACAAAGGUUUUGUAACUCCUUGGAAAGCGUCUUAUAAUCGUUCUGUCCCUUUUAGUAGCUAGCAAUUUAGAGAAGUUGAAAUCUGUAGGAGUGAACCUCUGAGGGCCAAAAAUAUUGUGACAUAUUUGGGAACAAUUCUUAAACUCUGAUUAACUAGCUGUAAUAUAGUUUUGUGAAUUGAUUGCACUGAUACCAUGAAACCCAGACCUUGUGGUAUAUCUGUCCCUAAAUAAAUGUUUCCCCCCUCUUCAAUGUUGCUGUAGACAGUGGCACACAUGUAGCAUGUUUGAUUUUUUUUUUUUUUUUUUUAAUGUUUCACAUGAAAACUAUCUUAAUUUUAUAUGUGUUUCCUCAUUGUAAAUAAGCCUGUCUUCCUUUCUGGAUCUUUUUUGAGUGUAUAUGUUCUAUUGAUUAACUACUUUUGCAGUUUUAAUCCUGUAUUAUUUCUUCUACUUUGUUUUGUGUAAAAGAGGAAAAAUUAAAAAAAGCUGGAAUCUC